AUGGCGUCUGACAGAGAAUCCACAGAGUAUAUGAACGGUAUAAGACCCGGGCCGUUAACAAGAGAAAUACCAGAAUGUAUGAGGGAUAAAUAUACGAUAAUACAAACUAUUUUGGACGUGCUAGCUUUCCUAAUGUUAGCUAUUGGUCAUGUCAUACAAGCUAUAUACAGAUCUAUUAGGGGACAUCCGAAGAAGGAUCUCAAAGGUUGUAUAGCUCUUGUGACGGGAGGAGGGGGAGGUUUGGGAAGCCUCGUCGCUUUGAGGCUAGCCAGGCUUGGAUGCGUUGUGGUUCUAUGGGAUAUUAAUAGACAAGGUUUAGAAGAUACUGUCAAACUAGUCAAGGGUAUUGGCGGUAAAUGCUUUGGGUAUGUCGUCGACUUGGCGAGUCGAGAUGACAUCUACAACACAGCGAAACAAGUUGAGAAAGAAGUCGGGAAAGUGUCGCUGUUGAUCAAUAACGCUGGUGUUGUGUCAGGACAAUACCUUCUGGACACACCCGACUAUCUCAUACAGAGGACGUUCGAUGUUAAUAUAUUAGCACACUUCUGGACAGUAAAAGCUUUCUUGCCAGCCAUGAUAGAAGAUAAUGACGGUCAUAUAGUGACCAUUGCGUCUAUGGCUGGUCAAGUUGGGGUCGCCAAGUUAGUCGAUUAUUGCGCCUCAAAAUCAGCCGCCUGUGGAUUUGAUGAAGCGCUAAGAUUAGAAUUAGAGGUCAAAGGUGCUAAGGGUGUGAACACAUCACUGAUAUGCCCCUACUUCAUACGAGCGACGGGAAUGUUUGAAGAGGUUAACUCAAGGUUCGUACCAACUCUCAGUCCGAAUGAAGUAGCUGAUCGCGUGGUGUUGGCGAUAAGAACGAACGAGCCAGUGGCCGUAAUACCAUCAUACUUCAGAUUACUACUGCCAUUUAAAUGGAUCGUCCCAUGGGCGUGCAUAUCAGAAUUGAUAAGAGGUCUAGUCCCCGAUGCGGUCCCAGCGCCUAUGCCGUUGCCAGAUACACUUCAGAAGCCUGUACUCGCUACACCUAGCAAGGCUGAUUCACGACCGAUGACCCUCACACCACCUUCAAGACACGAUCGUCAAGUUUGA